AUGGCUUCCGCGUCAGUAAUGCUGGUACAGCCUAAAGGCGAGCUUUGGGAGAAGAUCAGAGUGGAACUGAACGAGAAUGUUAACACUAGAGACCAGGACCUGGCCACCAUUAAGGAUUGGCUAAAGAAGCAGCCACAUCUACCUGAUGAAUGGGAUGACCGCUGUUUGAUGAGCUUCCUCCGAGGAUGCAACUUUUCUUUGGAGAGGUGCAAGAAGAAACUGGAUAUGUACUUUACCAUGAGGAGUGCCUGCCCGGAGUUCUUCAGUAACAGAGACAUCACGAGACCAGAGCUGCUGGACCUUAUGAAAAGAGCACAAGGACCUACUAUGCCAGGAUUGACACCCUCUGGCAGACGAGUCACGAUUUGUAAAGCCCUUGACAAAAGAAUGGAUCCGCAAAACUUGAACGACGCUUUCAAGAUCGCCAUGAUGAUCGGUGACGUCAGAUUGAUGGAAGAAAUCGAAGGUGUGGCUGGAGACAUAUACAUUUUAGAUGCUUCUGUGGUCAGCCCAAGUCAUUUAGGCAAACUAUCGCCCUCAGCGUUGAAAAAAUUCUUCAUUUGUGUUCAGGAAGCGUACCCAAUCAAACUAAAAGAAGUCCACGUGGUAAACACAAAUCCUUUGGUGGAAACGAUUUAUAACAUUAUCAAACCUUUCCUCAAAGAAAAGAUGAGACAGAGAAUUAACUUCCACAGCAGUUACACAGCCCUCCAUGAGUUCGUACCUAAGGAGUUACUGCCAACAGAAUAUGGCGGCACUGGCUGCCCUCUUGAGGAGAUUAACAGCGCCUGGAUAAAGAAACUAGAAGAAUAUAAAGAUUGGUUCAAAGCUCAAGAAAAUCUCAAAGCUAAUGAGGCCCUUCGACCUGGAAAACCUACUAAUUACGAUGAACUCUUCGGUAUUGAUGGAUCCUUUAGACAGCUGGCUAUAGAUUAG